AGCCCGCUCAACAUGCCUGACGAAGCUGUCGAUGGAAGUACACCCGAUCAGGGCAAGAAGAAUAACAAUGGAAGAGGUCGUGGUCAAGGAUCAGGAGGUAAUCGUGGAAGAGGAGGCUCCACCGCUAACAACAACGCUUCAAGAAGACCGAAUCCUGCACGACAAAACCAAAGUUCUCGUCAACCAACAAAAGUAGACAUGAAAAAAUAUGAAAGAAUGAUCUCCGCGGCACAUACCAAUUUCUCCGAUAUUCCAUGCGGGCAGAAAUCUAUUGACUGUGAUAUUUGUUGCAAGAAAAAUGACGUUUUUGGAAUUGGUUCCUGUCGUCAUCCUGUCUGUGCAGAAUGUGUUAUUCGAAUGCGUAUUCUUGGAAAUUCGAAAACGUGUCCAGUAUGUCGCUCGGAUAUCGACAUUCUCUCGUUUUGUACUACAGACGAUGAUCUAGCAAAUGUUCCUCUAUCAUUCAAAAAAACAGCUCAUCCGGACGAGGAUCGAUAUGAUAUUCGCUUCAGUAACAAAAUCGCUGGCACAAAAUACGAAAAGUAUCUGGCGCAUGUGUGCAAAAUCUGCAAAACUGACGAUGGCGAGCGUCUUGAAUUUCCUUCGUUCAUGUCUCUACGACAACAUAUGGCUAGUCGACAUGAGCAAUCAUAUUGUCAUAUUUGUACUGACAAUUUGAAUUUAUUUUCAAGAGAAAGAAAAACAUAUACGAGAGAUCAACUUCAAAGACAUAUGAGAUCUGGAGAUUUUGACGAUAAAAGCUUUAAAGGUCAUCCUCAAUGUCUCUUCUGUGAGCAGAAGUUCCUCGAUGAAGAAAAUCGUUAUCGACAUCUUAGGAAAGAUCACUUUUUCUGUCAAUUCUGUGAAUCUGAUGGUACAAUGACCAACGUGUUUUUCGGAAAACACGAUGGGCUCAAGAAACAUUACAAGGAACAUCAUUACAUUUGUGAAACUGAAGAAUGCAGAGAGAUGGGAAUAGCAUUUGCCAACAAGUUCGAGCUCGAUUUACACAGAGCAAAUGAGCACGCCGAAAGAAGAAAUUUAAUCGAAUUAGGAUUCGGACAAAGACCAUCAGAUCCUGGGAGACCUAUUGGAAGUUUCAGAGGACGAGGAUUACGAUCUAACGAGCCUCCUCCUCCGCCUGUUCCACGAGAAAGAAUUGCGGUUGUGCAAAGACAAGUUGAAACGAAUCCUCAAAGUGAUCCGAGUCAAUUUACAACUGUUCGAUCCGCUCAAAGCAAGGGAGUAUUCACGAGUACACGAUCCGCCUAUACCAGUAAUCAGCAAGAAUUUCCUAGUUUGGCUCCACAAGCUCCGCCGCCUAAUGUUCGAUCAUCCGAGUUUCCUCGUCUCAACAAGGCUAACAAGCCCGCAGCACCAGCAGCACCGGCAGUCGUGGAUCAUUUUCCAUCACUGGGAGAUUCCUCAUCAUCUUCAUCAGCUCCACCACUUAGAAUUAAAGUGCCGCCAUUGGUCAAGAAACGUCAACCUCCGCCACCUGCUCCAGCACCUCAAAAAGCAAAAGCUUCUUCUGCAAGACAAAAUGCUCCUAGAGAGGAAGAUGAUGAGUAUAUUUCACGAAGAGAUGUUCCACAAGCUGUUGUUAAAGUCAACAAUUCUUUGCUUCGUUUUGAUACUGUUGAUGAUCGUGUGAUCCCUCAGAAUGCAAAGUCUAAUAUUCAAAUGAUCCAGAGAGUUGAUCAGAAAUCAGCUGCUGAAUCCUCAUCUUCGGCUCCAAGUUCUGGAAGACUCGAUUUUCCUGCACUACCAGCUGCAUCAGCGCCAAUGAUGCCUGCGAAUAGCUCGUGGCUCAAUAGUAAAAAUAGCAAAAUUAAAUCAGGUGUUAUAUCAAGUGUGUCUGUUCCAGCCAACUAUUCGAAGGCAACUCAGAAUAAGAAUAAAAAGAAGAAUAAAAUAUCUGUUCCGAAAACAGAAGUUUGGUCUUCAUUAGGACCUCCACCAGAUUCUGCAGUCGCAAGUGUUCCAGUUGAAACGUGGCAAGAUAUUCCAUUGUCCAAAGAAGCACAACUAGAAAAGGAAAAACGAGAACGGAAAGAGGAUUGGGCUAGAAAGAAGGCAGAAAUUCAAGCGAGAGUUGCAGCUGCUUCAAAAGAUAAAUCAAAUGAAGUUGAUUCGGAUUCGGAGCCUGAGCCAGCAAGACCAAUUACUCCACCAGUCCAUCAUUCGAAUAUCGAGAAGUCGGAGAGUUCGGAAUGGACAAUGGCAAACUCAAAGUCUGGAGAUUCACUAAAAAAUGCUCAGCUAAUGGCAAAUCAGAAGAAAAAUAAGAAAAAUAAGAAUAACAUGGAAAUACCGUCUGCUAACAAAGUGCCUAGUUCUCAAAGUUCAAUUGUUCCAUCUGCUCCAAAAGUUGAUUCAUUGAUAGUUGAGAAAGUAGUAGCCAAAACUGAACCUAAAAACGACGAAAACCAAGAUAAACCUGAUCUCUGGAAUAUGCCAAAACUUCCUUCAAUGACUUCAAUGUUCUCAUCAUUUUCUCUUUCUGGAAUGUUCGGGAUGGGGACUUCCUACAGUGAUUCGUCAUCCAUGGCUGCGCCGCCUCCAGGACUCGAGAAUGUUGUUUUAACACCUCCACCCGGACUUGGAUUCCCCUCACCAAAAUCUGACGAUAUAUCUUUUGCCUCGGCUCCUAUACUGUCUCAUGACGAUGUCAAGGCGAAACGAGAAAGACUGGAAGCAGAGAAACAAAAAAAUCAGAAAGAAGCUGAGAAAGAAGACGAUGGAUGGGUGACAACUUCAAAGCCUAAAAACAACAAGAAGAAUAAUAAGAAAUAAGAUACAAUUAUAGAAUUUAUAUUUAUUUUCUCAUACCAUUUUCCAUUUUUUUUUCUAUUAGGGUUCCUUUUUUAUUCGUGUCUUUUUGAACAUCAUCAUCAUUUUGUUUUGUAUUGUUACUAAAUCUCAACAGAGUUACAUUGUUGUAUUCACUUUACUUGACAUUGCGAGCUCACCUGCUUGACAUUUUCAAAAAAAAGUGUUAUUACAUGAAACUCUGUAGUUGUUUCGUUUGUGUUUCACCGGUAACUAGAUAAAGAAAAAUACAUUUC